AGAGCUCCCACCAUCUUCUACACUCACAUCUGCAACGCAGAACGGCUUGUCCUCCCCCCUCCUCCGACGCCAUCCAGGAAACACCUUCAGGGAUCCACCGAGGAUUGCGCGCCCCCACCGACCCCCCACCCACCUUCCUCCGGCGACCGCCCCCCCCGUCCGCACGCCGCCUUCCCUUCCCCCUUUCCCCUCCCUCUUCCCCCACCCUCCCCAUCGCCGCAACUUUUCUCUCGCAUGAUCUCCUUCGCACGGAUUUGCCAUUCGGAUGUCGCCUCGUCGGGAACGGCGCUCGGAGCCACUUUGAACCCUCCGGUGGCGCAGCGGCGGCGGCGGCAGCAGCUGCUGCGGUCUCUCCUCCUCCUCCUCCUCCUCCUCCUCCAGUGCUAUGACAGGCAAACUCGUGGAGAAGCUGCCAGGGACCAUGAACACUUUGAUGAACCAGUUGCCUGAUAAUUUGUACCCGGAGGAGAUCCCGAACUCUCUGAACCUUUUCUCCGGCAACGGCGAGGCAGCGGUGGCUCACUACAAUAACCAGAUGGCGACAGAUAAUGUUAUGGAUAUUGGCUUAGCCAGCGACAAGCCCGGCCAGGACUUGUCCUCCUACUCGGGCUCCUUCCAGCCCGCUCCCGGGGGCAACAAGACGGUGACCUACCUGGGCAAGUUCGCCUUCGACUCGCCGUCCAACUGGUGCCAGGACAACAUCAUCAGCCUGAUGAGCGCCGGCAUCCUCGGGGUGCCGCCGCCCUCCUCCAGCGCGCAGGCCUCGACGGGCAGCAUGGUGCAAGCACAGAGCCAGGCCGAGGUGGACGGCAUGUACCCGGCGCUGCCCCCUUACUCCACCUGCGGCGACCUUUACCCGGGAGACCCGGUACCCUUCCACGACCCGCAGGGCAACGCCGCCGGCCUGGCCUACCCGGCGCAGGACUACCAAGGAGCCAAGCCCACCAGCAGCCUGGACGGGAACCUCUUCCCCAUGAUUCCGGACUACAACCUCUACCACGGGCACCCCAACGACCUGGGCAGCCUCCCCGAGCACAAACCUUUCCAGAACCUGGACCCGAUCCGGGUCAACCCGCCCCCCAUCACCCCCCUGGAGACCAUCAAAGCCUUCAAGGACAAGCAGAUCCACCCGGGCUUCGGCAGCCUCCAGCAGCAGCCGCCGCUCACUCUUAAGCCCAUCCGGCCGCGCAAGUACCCCAACCGGCCCAGCAAGACGCCGCUGCACGAGCGGCCGCACGCCUGCCCGGCCGAGGGCUGCGACCGGCGCUUCUCGCGCUCCGACGAGCUCACGCGGCACCUGCGCAUCCACACGGGCCACAAGCCCUUCCAGUGCCGCAUCUGCAUGCGCAGCUUCAGCCGCAGCGACCACCUCACCACCCACAUCCGCACGCACACCGGCGAGAAGCCCUUCGCCUGCGAGUUCUGCGGGCGCAAGUUCGCGCGCAGCGACGAGCGCAAGAGGCACGCCAAAAUCCACCUCAAGCAGAAGGAGAAGAAGGCCGACAAGGGAUCCUCUUCCUCCGCGGCCGCCGGCCUUGGCGGGCCCGCCGGCUCGCCCGCGGUCUCUGCGCUGGCGCCCGCGGUCACCACCUGCGCGUGACGCCGCCCCCGCCGCCCCGCCGCGUCCCAGUGCCUCCCGAGCCAGGCUGCCUUUGGUUGCGACCGUGCGCAAAACCCGCGCAUCAGGAGCGGCUGCUGGCCCGCUCCUGCUCCGGCUCCCGCUUGAAGGGGUGCCUUGGCGCGCCUGCUUCCCGUCGCCACCGGCGAGCUGCUGGUGGAGGGAGGCUUGAACUUUCCGCCGGAUCGUCUUGAUCCUAAGCGGCUUAGAAGGAGUGGGGAAGCGGCGGCUGCGCCACUUCUCUCGGAGG